AUGUCGUCGCUUGGUAAUAAACCACCACCUAAAAGUAUUCUCAAGAAGCCAUCUAUAAAUUUUCAAUCAAAAGUACCAAAAUUAAAAUGGGACGAAGACAAUAUUCAAUUAACCGAAGCACAGAAGAAUUCAACAAUGAAAAUCACAGAACCUAAAACACCGUAUAUUCACUAUAACCAAGAAACAGACGAGAUUAUGACCGAUCUUGAAACUAUCCCUGGAUUAGCACUGGGAUCUAGUAGUAUUGGCUCUAGUAGUAACCAAGGCUCUAGCGGCGUUUCUCCUGUAGGAUCACUUUCAUCGGUUUCUCCAUCAUCAGCUCAUUUUCCUGAUUCAAUUAAAGACGAUUGGGAUUCUGAAAAUUCCGAAGAGGGUGAAGAGACUAAGGCAAAACGUAAGAAAUUUGCUCAGCUCAGAGCAAAGCAUUACAAUAUGAAGGAAGCACUUCGAUUAGGUCAUAAGUUGGUAGAAGAGGAUGUAGAUGAUGAUGAAAAUAGUAACGUGGUUGCUUUGAAAGCGAAAUUUGCAAAAGUAUUACCAGACGAAGAAAAAUAUAGUGAAGAAGAAAAAAAUGAUAAUAAUGACUCAUCAUCGUCAACCAACGGUGGUGUGGCUCCCAUGGAAACAUAG